CGCCGUUCACGUCUAAAUCUAAAUCACGUAUAAAUAGCUUUAUAGCAAAAAUGGUAAAGGUUUGCUCCGUCAAAGGGUGUAAAAACUCUUCGGACACUGUCUGCCGCAGCUCAUUCUUCGUUUUCCCAUAUAACAACGAAAAGCUUAAACAAUUAUGGCUCAACAGUGGCCCUGGAUAUAAAACAAUAUCCAAGUAUUCGUAUGUUUGUUCAUGCCAUUUUUUCGCAGAGGAUUAUGUGGAACACAAGCACAUUGGCAGAAGAACAUUGAAAAAGAAUGCAGUACCCAGCAUAUUUGACGACAACAACCAGGCACAUGAGAGUGCUGAUCCUGAGAUGAAUAGUCUACCAAGCUGCAGCUUUCAAUGCGAUGCUUCACCACCGCCACUAAAGAAAUAUGAACAAAAUGAAGAAGAUGACGAAAAGCCUGUGAAAAAGUUUCAUAGCGUUGCAGUACAAACUUGUUCACAACUUAGUCGACCAAGCGUAUCGGUUCAAACUUGUACACGACUCAGUGGACCAAGUAAUCGCGAACAAGAACUAGUUCAUAAAAUAAAAAUUCUGCAGGAUCGAUUGAGGUAUAAAAAAAAAAGGAUUCAAAGAUUCCAGGAGUUGGUAACUCAUCUGCAGAAAAACAUGUAUGACGAAGGUACAAUCAACGAAAAUGAUAGCACAAAAGCAGAAGAAUAAACAAUGAAUACUGCAUUCCAAACAAUGACAACAAAGAACUAAUUGUAUCAGGUUUUGAACACUGUUAAAUUGUGCAUACGGUAUUAACCUAAUGGCGAAAAUAUCGAUCUGACAGCAUAAGUGACGAUAACAGCUGGCGGUUGCAUGAGUAGUUGACCGUGAAGGUGAAUGGAAUAUUCUGAAGAUGUCCAAGCAACGAGU